CUCCUCUCUCUCUUCCUCUCUGUAUUUCUCUCUCUCGCUCACACGCUCGCUGUGUCUGACUCGCGCACGCGCGCUGCGCUGGUGUAGGAGUCUCGCGCUGCAGCUGCGGCGGUGGUGCGGUGGUCUGGGCGCGCGCUGCUGUGAGGAUGGAGGAUCCCUCGCGCUCCCCCGCUGAGGGGGGGUCUCCGGUUCCGGGACGCGUGAAGCAGUCGGACAGUAACACUAGUUUCCUGAGGGCAGCGAGAGCCGGGAAUGUCGAGAAAGUUCUGGAGCUUCUGAAGAGUGGACAAGACAUCUCUACCUGUAACCAGAAUGGGCUGAACGCUCUUCAUCUGGCUGCUAAAGAAGGUCAUGUGGAGCUGGUGGAGGAGCUGCUGGAGAGAGGAGCAGCAGUGGACUCAGCUACCAAGAAAGGAAACACCGCCCUCCACAUUGCCUCAUUGGCCGGGCAGAAAGAGGUGGCGAAGCUGUUAGUGAAAAGAGGAGCAGACAUCAAUGCCCAAUCACAGAAUGGCUUCACUCCUCUGUACAUGGCCGCCCAGGAGAAUCACCUGGACGUGGUGCGCUACCUGCUAGAGAACGGUGGCAACCAGAGCACAGCCACUGAGGAUGGUUUCACUCCAUUGGCCAUUGCGCUACAGCAGGGUCACAACCAGGUGGUCUCUCUGCUGUUGGAGUACGACACUAAGGGUAAAGUUCGGCUCCCUGCGCUCCACAUCGCCGCCCGUAAAGACGACACAAAAUCCGCGGCCCUGCUGCUGCAGAAUGACCACAACGCCGACGUCCAGUCCAAGAUGAUGGUGAACAGAACCACUGAGAGCGGAAAGAGUGGAUUUACUCCUCUCCACAUUGCUGCUCAUUACGGAAACGUGAACGUUUCUACACUGCUACUGAACCGCGGCGCCGCAGUGGACUUCACUGCCCGGAAUGGUAUAACCCCUCUCCAUGUGGCUUCUAAAAGGGGAAAUACCAACAUGGUCGCACUGCUACUGGACAGGGGGGCGCAGAUCGAUGCUAAAACCAGAGAUGGACUGACUCCUCUACACUGUGCAGCUCGGAGUGGUCAUGACUCAGCAGUGGAGAUCCUGUUGGAGAGAGGAGCCCCAAUACUUGCCAGAACCAAGAAUGGAUUGUCCCCGCUACACAUGUCCGCUCAGGGUGACCACGUGGAGUGUGUGAAACACCUGCUGCAGCACACUGCACCCGUUGAUGAUGUCACCCUGGACUACCUGACUGCCCUUCAUGUUGCCGCCCACUGCGGCCACUACAGGGUCACCAAACUGCUGCUGGACAAGAGAGCCAAUCCCAAUGCACGAGCACUGAACGGUUUCACUCCGCUACACAUCGCCUGUAAGAAAAACAGAGUGAAGGUGAUGGAGCUACUGGUGAAAUAUGGAGCCUCCAUCCAGGCCAUCACUGAGUCUGGUCUCACUCCAAUCCACGUGGCAGCAUUUAUGGGUCACCUCAACAUCGUUCUGCUGUUAUUGCAGAAUGGAGCUUCACCAGAUGUCUGCAACAUUCGAGGUGAGACAGCCCUCCACAUGUCCGCGAGGGCGGGUCAGAUGGAGGUGGUUCGAUGUUUGCUGAGGAAUGGAGCUCGAGUGGACGCCACGGCCAGGGAGGAUCAGACACCGCUCCACAUUGCCUCCCGGCUCGGUCAGAGCGAGAUAGUUCAGCUGCUUCUGCAGCACAUGGCUGACCCAGAUGCCGCCACCACUAACGGAUAUACACCACUACACAUCGCUGCCAGAGAGGGACAGAUCCACACCUCUGCUGUGCUGCUGGAAGCUGGAGCCUCGCAUUCACUCGCUACAAAGAAAGGCUUCACUCCUCUCCAUGUUGCUGCUAAGUAUGGAAGCCUGGAAGUGGCCAAACUUCUGCUGCAGCGCCGAGCCUUGCCUGACGAGGCCGGGAAGAAUGGUCUCACUCCUCUGCAUGUUGCCGCUCACUAUGAUAACCAGCAGGUGGCGCUGCUGCUGUUGGAGAAAGGUGCCUCUCCUCACACCACGGCCAAGAACGGUUACACCCCUCUGCACAUCGCUGUGAGGAAGAAUCAGCCUCAGACUGUCCUGGCUCUGCUGCAGAAGGGGGCGGAUCCUGGUUCAGUGACCCUGCAGGGUGUGACCCCUCUGCACCUGGCCGCUCAGGAGGGUCACUCACAGAUGGCCACGCUGCUGCUAGAGAAGGGCGCCAAUGCUAACGCUACCACCAAGAAUGGACUGACUCCUCUCCACCUCUCCGCUCAGGAGGACAGAGUGAACGUGGCUGAAGUUCUGGUUAAACAUGGUGCUAACUUAGACCACCAGACGAAGCUGGGUUACACCCCCCUUAUUGUGGCUUGUCACUAUGGAAACGUGAAGAUGGUCAACUUUCUUCUGCAACACGGUGCGAGCGUCAACGCCAAGACCAGAAACGGCUACACUCCUCUACACCAAGCAGCUCAGCAGGGAAACACUCACAUCAUCAACGUUCUGCUCCAGCAUGGGGCAAAGCCUAACGCUGUUACCAUGAAUGGAAACACCGCGCUGUCCAUCGCAAAGCGUCUGGGCUACAUCUCUGUGGUGGACACGCUGAAGGUUGUCACAGAGGAGAUCAUCACCACUACCACCACGGUGACAGAAAAGCACAAGCUGAACGUCCCAGAGACGAUGACGGAAGUUCUAGAUGUUUCUGAUGAGGAAGGAGAGGACACUAUGACCGGGGAUGGUGGUGAGUAUCUUAGAGCAGAGGAUUUGAGAGAACUAGGAGACGACUCUCUAACUGGACAAUAUCUGGACGGCGUGAGCUACUUCAGCCACAACCUGGACAGAGUCCAUCAGACUACACCCCAUUUGGCUUACUCAAGAGAGGGAGUGCUGAUUGAGGACAUGAUAACCAGCCAUCAGCAGGUUUCUGCUCUCUCCAGAGAGAAUGAGAAAGACUCGUACCGGCUGAGUUGGGGAGCAGAGCACCUGGAUAAUGUUGUACUGACCAGUACACUGCUGCACUCUGGCCGGUCAACUCCGUGCCUUGACCAUGACAGCAGCUUUCUCGUGAGCUUUAUGGUGGAUGCCCGGGGUGGUGCCAUGCGCGGCUGCCGUCACAAUGGCCUGCGCAUCAUCGUGCCACCCAGGAAGUGUUCAGCACCCACAAGGGUUACCUGCAGGCUGGUGAAGAGACACAGACUCGCCACCAUGCCCCCUCUGGUGGAGGGUGAAGGAAUUGCAGGCAGGAUCAUAGAGGUCGGACCCACUGGGGCACAGUUCCUCGGAAAGCUGCACCUGCCCACAGCUCCGCCCCCUCUGAAUGAGGGUGAGAGUUUGGUCAGCAGGAUCCUGCAGCUCGGCCCACCUGGAACCAAAUUCUUAGGGCCGGUGAUUGUGGAGAUUCCUCACUUUGCAGCUCUGCGUGGUUCUGAGCGUGAGCUGGUGAUUCUGCGCAGUGAGACGGGGGAGAGCUGGAGGGAGCAUCACUGUGAACACACAGAAGAGGAACUCAACCAGAUCCUUAACGGCAUGGAUGAGGAGUUGGAUUCACCAGAGGAGCUGGAGAAGAAGCGAAUCUGCCGUAUCAUCACUCGUGACUUCCCACAGUACUUUGCAGUGGUGUCCCGGAUAAAGCAGGACAGUCAUCUGAUUGGUCCGGAGGGCGGAGUCCUGAGCAGCACGCUGGUUCCACAGGUGCAGGCCGUGUUCCCUGAAGGAGCGCUGACCAAGAGGAUCCGAGUAGGCCUACAGGCCCAGCCUAUAGGGGAGGAUAUGGUGAGGAAGAUUUUGGGGAAUAAAGCUACGUUCAGCCCCAUCGUUACUCUGGAGCCCCGACGACGCAAGUUUCACAAGCCGAUCACCAUGACGAUCCCCAUCCCCAAAAGCUCCACCAACGAUGGAACCAGCAAUAUGUUCGGUGGGGACACGCCCACCCUGCGUUUACUCUGCAGCAUCACAGGAGGCACAACUCCAGCGCAGUGGGAGGACAUUACAGGAUCUACUCCUCUAACCUUCAUCAACCAGUGCGUCUCCUUCACCACCAACGUAUCAGCUAGGUUCUGGCUGAUUGACUGCCGACAGACUCAGGAGUCGGUGAAUUUCUCCACGCAGCUUUACCGCGAGAUCAUCUGCGUUCCCUACAUGGCCAAAUUCGUCAUCUUCGCCAAAACACUGGACCCCAUCGAGGCGCGACUGCGCUGCUUCUGCAUGACCGAUGAUAAGAUGGACAAAACCCUGGAGCAGCAGGAGAACUUCACUGAGGUGGCACGCAGCAGAGAUGUCGAGGUUCUGGAAGGAAAGCCCAUCUUCGCCGACUGCUUUGGAAACCUGGUGCCUCUGACCAAAAGUGGGCAGCACCAUGUCUUCAGCUUCUACGCCUUCAAGGAGAACAGACUCUCGCUCUUCAUCAAGAUCCGGGACACCGCGCAGGAGCCCUGCGGCCGGCUGUCCUUCACCAAGGAGCCGAGGACUUACCGCAGUCUUACCCACAAUGCCAUCUGCAACCUCAACAUUACACUUCCUGUUUACUCAAAGGAAUCUGAUUCAGACCAGGAUGCUGAUGAAGAGAGCGACAAGACUCAUGAGAAAUAUGAGGAUGAAACAGAAUCUACAGAACUUUCCAUCUUACACACACAAAUGGCUCAUGAUCCAGCCACGCUCGCAAGUCCAGACCUUCUCUCAGAUGUGUCUGAUAUGAAGCAAGACCUAAUCAGAAUGUCCACUAUUCUGACCACUGACCUGUCAGAGCAAUCACUAGUUGCAGAUGGAGAUGAAAAAUUAGAAACAGGCAUUGCUAGUGCAGAGGCUGAGGAGCCUUUUGAUAUAGUGGAAAAAGUUAAAGAGGACCUGGAGAAGGUAGGCGAGAUUUUGCGCGUUGGAGCAUUUGGUGAAACAGAUAGUAAAGAAACUGUAAGAAAAUCAAAGUCUGGAGAUGAAGACUGGGUACUUCAAGGUUUUGAGGAAACAAAAAGUAAGGAGAUUGUUCAUGUUCAGGAACCUUUACUCACAGAGGUCAGAAUCACAAGAGCCACUGACUCCAGUUCCCCACCCAGGAAGGAUACGUCUGAAAUGGUUUCGCAUCUUACUACUGACUUAGAGACCUAUCUCCAGGAGAUUCCUGUGGGAGCUCAUCAUGUUCAAGAAGGGGAGAUUGUUGAAGAAACAUUUACGGAAGUUGUGCUACCACGAGAGCGGAGGCGUCAUCCUCCGAAAAUCAAAAAGCCAGCAAGAAGGAAGCUUAAAGAGAGAGAAUUUGCUAGUGGUAGCUCAGAAGAUGAACUUGAAAGAAUGAGUUCUGAAGAAUCGCUGGAUGGAGACACAGUUCUUGGAGAUCCUGAGGUAGUGCCUGGACCAGCUCCUGUGUCCCCCAAAGUCGUGGACACUCCCAUAGGCUCCAUCAAGGACAGAGUCAAAGCACUUCAAAAGAAAGUGGAAGAAGAGGAAAAAGAAGAGAGCCUCAAGAAACAGGUUCGACAGGAAUCCAAACACAUGUCCACUGUCCAGAGCAGGAUCACGAAUGACUCAUGCACGGUGCUUCCUAAAUCACCCAAAUCUCCACGAUCCCAGACUGAGAGAAUAGAAGAGACAAUGUCAGUGAGAGAGCUGAUGAAAGCAUUUCAAACCGGGCAGGACCCGUCAAAGAACAAGUCUGGUCUUUUUGAACACAAAGCUAUAACUGAUCUAGCUGUUACUUCUACUGCAACUGCAUCUCAGGACUCUCAGUAUAGUCAAAUCCUAGAAACUCAGCAGUCAAAGCAAAAGACUGGAGAAUCAUCACAUGAUGUUCUUGGCCAGUAUCAACAGACAGUGAUUAGUGAUGAAAUUGUACAUGGACAGUCAGUGAUUACCUCAGAAGAUUGUGGUACCAGUCAAAACAUUAUUCAAACAGUUGUACAAGUAGUAACUUCAGAUGUUUCACCCAGUGACCAGGAAGAUUAUAGACUGAAGAGACUGCACACUCCAGAAAAAAUAGUCAUUCAAUUUGGAGAAUCAUAUCAAGGGCCACAUGAACAAGUAGAAAAUUCAGAUUAUCAACUCAGUAAAGAUUCAGAAGAGUCUAAAAAAGUUGAAGAAUCAACAAUAGGAGGGAUUCUCCUAUAUGAGGAGGGAGAGCGUAGCCCUGAGAGGUUGACCUAUCAGACCAUUAGGCAUGAACGAAGAAUCUCUGAGGAGCCACAGAUUAGCCCAGACCGGAGACCCUCUGAAGACUUCAGUGCUGUCAUCAAGGAGGAACUGGAAGACAGUCCAGAGUAUCAGCUCUUUAAGCAGGCUGCAGGCUCAGCCCAACUCGGAUUCUCCAGAGAAUCUAGAAUCAUUCAAGAUAGAAAAUCCUUGGACCGUGCUACUUUUGAGUACCAUUCAUAUAAACCAAACUCUGUGGUCAGAUUUGCUGAAGCUAUGGUACACAGCGUACCAUUCAGUCCUAGUGCAAUCCAUGAUGAAAUUGGGGAAAGUUUGGAGAAGGACAAUGAUAAAGUUGGAGAUUCACCUGGCAGGACACCUCGUACAAGCUUAGGGGACAGUGAAACAUAUGAGGAACAAUUUCAAAGCCCCCAAGCAAGUCCCAAAGACCAAAUUUUAGCUGUUAAGGAGGCUACAUUAUCCAUACAGAGAGACUUUGAGAAAGAAGGUAAAGAUACAGUGCCAGAUGUAUCAUCCAUGGAAGUCAAAUGUUUAGGUCAAAAGCUUCAGGGAACAUAUUUACAAGUGACAGAACAAGAAGAUGAACAUGAAUAUGAGGGUACAAUGAAAGAGUUGACACCCACAGAAAUCCAAACAGGCAUGAUGACAGAGUUGUCAGCUACAGAAGUCCAAAAACAAGCCCAACCAGAGAUUAAGGGAAUACAUCUACAAGAGACAGAGAAAGGUCAUCAGUAUGAGGAUACAGUGAAAGAGUUGUCACCUACAGAAGUCCAAGAACAAGCCGAAAUGGAGCUUGAAGACACGUGUUUACAAGAGACAGAAAAAGAUGAUCAGCAUGGAUAUAAGGAUAUGAAGAAAAUGUUGUCACCUACAGAAAUUCAAACAUGUAUCAUAACAAAUUUGUCAUUUACAGAAGUCAAAGAGCAAGUCCAAAAAGAGCUUGGGGGAACAUGUUUGCAAGAUACAGAGGAAAAAGACCAGCAUGUGUAUAAGGGUAUGAUGAAAGAGUUGUCACCUACAGAAUUUCAAACAGAUAUGGUGAAAGAGUUGUCACCUAUAGAUGUCCAAAAACAAGCCCCAACAGAUAUUGGGGGAACAUAUUUACAAGAGACAGACAAAGAAGACCAACAUGGGUAUGAGGGUAUAAUAAAAAAGUUGCCGCCUACAGAAUUCCAGACAGCUAUGAUAAAAGAUAUAUCACCUGCAGAAAUCCAAACAGGUACAUUGAAAGAGUUGUCACCUACAGAAGUCCAUGAACAAGUUGAAACAGAGCUUAAGGCAAUAUACUUACAAGAGACAGAGGAAGAAGACCAACAUGAAUAUGAGAGUACAGUAAAAGAAUUAUCACCUACAGAAAUCCAAAAAGGCACAUUGAAAGAGUUGUCACUCACAGAGGUCCAAGAACAAGCCCUAAAAGAGCUUGAGGGAAUACAUUUACAAGAUGCAGAGAAAGAUCAGUAUGGCCAUAAGGGCACAGCAAAAGAGUUGUCGCCUCCUAAAAUCCAAGAAUGUGUUGAAAUUGACCCUGAGGAAUUGUGUUUACAAGACACCAAAGAUGAAGACCAGACAAGGUAUGAGGGUGUGAUGAAAGAGUUGUCACCUGCAGAAAUCCAAGCAGGUGCAUUGAAAAAGCUGUCACUAACAGAAAUCCAAACAGGUACAAUAAGAGAAUUGCCACCUGAAGAAAUCCAAACAGGUACAAUGAAAGAGCUGUCACCUACAGGAGUCCAAGAACAGUUCCAAACAGAGAUUAAGGGAAUGCAUUUACAAGAGACAACAGAAGAAGACCAACAUGGGUAUGAGGGUACACUGAAAGAAUCAUCACCUACAGGAAUCCAAACAGGUGUGAUUGAAGAGUUUUCACCUACAGAAGUCCAAGAACAAGUUCUAACAGAGCUUAAGGGAAUAACUUUUCAAGAGGCAAGGGAAGAAGAUCAUUAUGGAUAUAAGUGCGCAACCAAACAGUUGUCACUCACACAAGUCCAAGAAUGUUCCAGAAUGGAUCCCAAGGGACUACAUUUGCAUGACACAGAAGAAGAAGACCAGAAAAGAUAUAAGGGUAUGACGAAAGAAUUGUCACCUACAGAAAUCCAAAUGGGCAUUGUGAAAGAACUGUCACCUACAGAAAUCCAAAUGGGCAUUGUGAAAGAAUUGUCACCUGAAGAAAUUCAAACAGGUACAAUAAAAGAAUUGCCACCUGAAGAAAUCCAAACAGGUACAAUGAAAGAGCUGUCACCUACAGGAGUCCAAGAACAGUUCCAAACAGAGAUUAAGGGAAUGCAUUUACAAGAGACAACAGAAGAAGACCAACAUGGGUAUGAGGGUACACUGAAAGAAUCAUCACCUACAGAAAUCCAAACAGGUGUGAUCGAAGAGUUUUCACCUACAGAAGUCCAAGAACAAGUUCUAACAGAGCUUAAGGGAAUACAUUUUCAAGAGGCAAGGGAAGAAGAUCAUUAUGGGUAUAAGGGCGCAACCAAACAGUUGUCACUCACACAAGUCCAAAAAGAAUGUUCCAGAAUGGAUCCCAAGGGACUACAUUUGCAUGACACAGAAGAAGAAGACCAGAAAAGAUAUAAGGGUAUGAUGAAAGAAUUGUCACCUACAGAAAUCCAAAUGGGCAUUGUGAAAGAACUGUCACCUAUAGAAAUCCAAAUGGGCAUUGUGAAAGAAUUGUCACCUGAAGAAAUCCAAACAGGUACAAUGAAAGAAGUGUCACCUACAGGAGUCCAAGAACAGUUCCAAACAGAGAUUAAGGGAAUGUAUUUACAAGAGACAGCAGAAGAAGACCAACAUGGGUAUGAGGGUACACUGAAAGAGUCGUCACCUACAGAAAUCCAAACAGGUGUGAUCGAAGAGUUUUCACCUACAGAAGUUCAAGAUCUAACAGAUCUUAAGGGAAUACGUUUACAAGAUGCAGAGGAAGAAGAUCAGUAUGGGUAUAAGCACGCAACAAAAGAAAUGGAUCCUGAGAGACUACGCUUGCAAGACACCAAAGAUGAAGACCAGAAUGGGUAUAAGGGUACAGUGAAAGAGUUGUCACCUGCAGAAAUCCAAACAGGUGUAAUGAAAGAUUUGUCACAUACAGAAGUUCAAGAACAAGUACAGACAGAACAUGGAAUGGUUUUUGAGUUCACCAAAAGAGGCAGUUUUGUUGAAGAUAUGGACUACAGCCAUGAGGUUUCUGAGUUUGAAAAAAAUGUACAGAUUAAGGGAACUGAUGAAGCUUUGAAAGUUAUGGGUGAAACAGCUGAAUCUGAAGACUUUGAGAAAAUGCAGUCUUAUAGUGAAAUCCCACCAACUAGACCUGACCACCUAGCCACUGUCCAGCCUGUAAUGAUAAAUGAUCCUAGAAGUGUCUAUCAGGGUGACUCACUGGAGACCACUCCUGUUAGAGAGGGUUUCUCUUCUCACAAGUCUCCUGACUCUAUUGAGCCUAGCCCAAUCAAGGAGUUCCCAUGCCCAGACUCUUUAGAAACCAGCCCCACAGAGCAGAGACCAGGGCCUCAAACUGCUGAAAAGCUGUUUGAAAGCAGCACGGAUUCUCCAAAGAUUUCUGACCUCAUGGAAAAUAUAGAAAUGGAAAAAAAUGAUAAAGUGAUUAUUCAGAGAGAGGGUGAAGCCUCCCAACAUUUUGAGUCUCCAGACACUCAGUGCCUUUCAAUGCCCUUAAAGCCAUGUUCAGCUCCAUUCGAUGGUGACCAAGAGGAAGCUCUGGGAAGCAGCGGUCUAGUGGAAGAGCAGUUCACUGCUGAGGAAGAGAUGUUGAACAUGGCUGCAAAUAUCAAAAUACUUGAUGAAAUGACAAAAGAUGGCACAGUAAGAAAGGAGAUGAUUGAUUCCACAAGUUCAGCAAAGGUAGAAGAAUUUGUGACUGAUGGUACAUUUAGUGAAGUGUCAGAUAACAUAAGCUUCCCAAAGAAAUCCUGCUCUGAGAUUGCAGAUGUACAUGGCUUUUCUGUGCCCAUAACAACAAAUUCAUCUCAGCAAGAAGCAGAUGAUGAUUUAGAUUUUGCCAGCACAGUAAAAAAGCAAUUCACUCCUGAGGAAGAGAUGUUCAAGAUGGCUGCAAAAAUCAGAGUGUUUGAUGAAAUCGAAAAGGAGGCCAAAAUGAGAAAAGAGAAGUUUGAUUUCUCCUCUUCCUUACAGGACAGGGCAGAUGAAGCAGAUGAAACAGCCAAAGACACGAAACAGGAGGGUUCACUUGAAUCUAAUCAGGUGUUAUCUUCAUAUCUGGAGUCUGAGCAGUAUGAUAGGCCAGAGUUGACAAAACUACCUCAAGAGAUCAAUGGACAAGCCAUAUCUGAUAGUCAAGCCUCAGAGUACAUAGAGCAUGGUGUUUUAGAAGAUGAAACACCACUAAAGGAGUCACCUAUGCAAAUUCACAUUGACAAAAAGGACUGCCAUGAUGAAUUUUCUUUUGAGUGCCUUACUAAACCAGUAGAUCAGACUGUCACUGCAGAUUCUAUGGAUGAUAAGUUAUCUGCAGCUUCAGCAGAUUACAAAAUUGAUAGUCAUGCUGAUAUCCUGGGUCCUGUCACGGAUGAGAAAACCUCAAGUGCAUCAGAUGAAGCUAUACCAGAAAAGCCACAGUUUCUCAGUGACACUGUGUGUCCCAUAACUGAUGCAGGAGAACCUCAAGGUCAGGCUUUUGUUCUUUCUGGUGAUAUUGAAGAGGAAAAUGCAGAAGAAUCCCACAAAUCUGUUCAGGGAGAUUUAGUUCCUUGGAGUGUUGAGCUGGAGGAUGACGAAAGCUUUGAGUCACGGAUUGAAGCUGAAGAGAGGAAAGUCUUUGCUCUGGUUGCAGACAGUCAGUCUCCUGGGACAACACCAGAAACAACUCCUGGUCGGACUCCUGCAGAAGAUGGAACACCAAACCCUUUCCUAUUUCAGGAAGGAAAGCUUUUUGAAAUGACAAGAGGAGGUGCUAUUGAUAUGAGCAAAAGGAGUAUGGAGGAAGAACAAGAUGCAUUUGUCUUUUUCCCCCUAAGAGAGGAUCCUGCUGAGGAGGCUCCUACCGAACAAGUAGAGGAAAGUGGAACAACAUUUUGCACUCAUGACUCCUCAAUUGAAACUCUGUUAGAUUCAACCAGAGCAGCUUCACAGGAUGACAAAUGCUCUGAAGAAUAUUCUAUAACAUCUAGUAGUCCCAGCAAGGUUUCAGAUGGAGAUAUUCAUGAGCCCAAUGAUUCAGAUCAUUAUUUAAAUCAGGUUGACUCAGAGCAUUCCAGAGAUAAGGAUCUGGACUCUGUAGAUUCAUCCAUAGCAAAUAUUGAUACUGCCACCUCAACAGUUACCCGAUCAGUUUAUUCAGAGCAGGAUCUGGAGUCUUCUGACUCAUCUACAGAGGAGGAACAGCAUUCAGUUAUUGAAAUUCCCACUCCUACACAGGAAACCAUCAUGCUCCCUAGUGUCACUGAGCCUCCUGAUACUGAUAAGACACUGCAGUCUCCAGCCUCACCCAAAGAGUUUGUUGCAGAAACUGAGGGCAGGAAACCCAAAUCAAAGAUACCAGUGAAAGCAGCAAGCUUUGACCAAAUGUUAGGAAAGGGCAGCUCAACUGAGCAGAGCCAAAGGCCAAAAUCCGAGGCAGACAUGGGCCUCUCAGAGUGGGUCACAGCUAGCAUAGACUGUUCCUCACCUAAACCAAAGCUUCCAGCAUCUAAACUACCCGUGCCUGUUGAACAGACACUGUCUGGUGCACCCCAGCCAAGUGAGACCACUAAGCCCUCUGACAUUGACCUUCAGAAACCUGAAGGUAGAGGCAAGCUAGAGCCCACAGAUGAGAAGGAACAUGUUGUAGACUGUCUUGACUCAGAAGGGGAUAGCAGGCCAUUGCCAGCAGUUAGACCCUCCUCUGUGGCUGAGGAAGUGUUUGAGACAAGACCCAACUGGGAGGAUUGUGUGGAGACCCAGAUCCAGCGAAUCUCAGACAGCAGUAGUCCAGAUCAAAGUAAAGUGGACUGGCAUGAUGAUGCUGAUCGGAAGGAAGAGACAUUGGCCAUUAUUGCUGACCUUCUUGGUUUCAGCUGGACAGAGUUGGCAAAGGAGCUGGAGUUCAGUGAAGAUGAAGUUCAGCAGGUUCGUUCUGAAAACCCGAACUCACUGCAGGAGCAGAGCAAUGCUCUUCUACAGCGCUGGGCCGAACGAGAGGGAAAACAUGCCACUGAGGACUGCCUGAUAAAGAGACUGACUAAAAUAAACCGCAUGGACAUCGUCCAUCUCAUCGAGACGCAGAUGAACAAGUCUGUCCAGGAACAGACCUCCAGAACGUAUGCCGAAAUCGAGAGAACCCUGGAUCACAGUGAAGCGCUGUCGUCGGUGCAGGAGGACGUGGACAGUCCUCGACUGGUCAGGAGAGUGGACGUCUCCUCUCAGAGACACCCUCCCGCC